GUAGCAGCCGUGUACGUGAGUGCUGUGUGUGCGUGCGUGUGGUGUCCGUGCGUUCGUUCGUGGAUAGCCAAAAGGGAAAAGCAGCGCAGCGCGGUCGUGUGUGUGUGUGUGUGUAUUUUAUUGUGCGUGCGUGUGGAAGUAGUGUGAAGCAACAACGACAACGAGCGACCUGAAGCAAUCGCGAAGCAGGGUAGCAGCUGCAACACCCGCAAAAAUGCACACGUUCAGUGAGACGGGUGCAGGAGUACCUGCAUUUCUGGCGAAACUGUGGCGCCUGGUCGAAGACAACGAGACGAACGAUUUGAUAUCGUGGAGCACGGAUGGCCGGAGUUUCAUCAUUCAAAAUCAGGCUCAAUUUGCCAAAGAGCUGUUGCCGCUCAAUUACAAACACAACAACAUGGCAAGCUUUAUUAGGCAGUUGAAUAUGUAUGGUUUCCACAAAAUAACCUCCAUCGACAAUGGUGGCCUACGAUUUGAUAAGGAUGAGAUGGAGUUCACACAUCCUUGCUUUCAAAAGGAUCAUCCCUACUUGCUGGAGCACAUCAAGCGCAAGAUCGCUACAUCGAAGCAACAGCAACUGCAGGCCCAACAACAGUUGGAGGACAAGAGUGUGCUUAAGCUGGAGGCGGUCAGCCGGGUGCUGAGCGAGGUGAAGAAUAUGCGCGGUCGACAGGAUACGCUCGAUUCGCGCUUCCAGACGAUGAAGCAAGAGAAUGAAGCUUUGUGGCGGGAAAUUGCUAUACUGCGCCAGAAGCACCAUAAGCAACAGCAGAUUGUCAACAAGCUCAUUCAAUUCUUGGUGACGAUCGUACAACCAUCGCGCAGUGGACUUGGCUCUAUGAACAAUAGCAACAAACGUCGAUUCCAGCUGAUGAUCAACGAUGCUCCACAACAGGCAAAGCUGAUGAAAACGGAAUACGACGAUGGAGCCACCAUUGAAGAACUGGGCGAAGCACUCGAAGAAGUCGCAUACGCAAAUCAGCAAGAAUUGUUGUCAAAACAAGACAAGGGCAAGAAACAUGUUAUUCCCAUCGUAACCGGUCAGAUAGUUCGCUCGUCUCGGGGCGCUGAAGAUGCAGGAGCUAAUACUUCUUCUGCUUCGUCUGGUUCCACCUCAGUCGGAAAGAGCGCAAAGCCUAGUAUCAGCGUCGGUGACAGUAGUAACGUGAUUCUUAAAAAACUCAGUGGUGUUAGCAUCGUUAAGAAGGAUAAAAGCACGCCAAGCGGUCAAACGAAAGGGAACAGGAAUUCGGAUACACCGGAGGUUAGUUCGCCGAUAUCGGUUCCGGAUCCAUCACCUUACCAUCGCACAGCGACCCCAUCCAUGUCCGGUGGUAGCAGCUCCAGAAGUAGCAAUAGUAGCGGUGGUGGAGGCGGAGGUGGCGGAGGAGACGUAGGAUUGAACUACGGCGGUGGAAACGAAACAAUUGAGGAAAUAUUUUCUACCUCACCCAUACCGUUCCGCACCGGUGUAGAUGGCGCGGUGAGAGGAUCAACUAUGGGGUCCAAGGUCGUGAAAAUGGCAAACGAUCAGAACCGCCAACCGAAGUACACUACACGCUCUAAGAAUCUUGGCGAACGAAACCGUGGAAAUAAUACACCCGCCAAUUUAAUCCAGCUGAUUGAAAGCACAAUCGACGGCGAAGAGCUGGAGAACUACGGUGAAGCGUUGGAAGACGACAAUGAUGAUGAUGAGCACGGAUAUUUGGUCGAUCAUGUGGACGAAAUAGAUCCGACGAUCGUGCAAUUGUAUAAUCAAGAUAACGACAACGAAAUGAUGCUGAACACACCGAUGGUGAUCAAAGAGAUGGAAAAACAGCAACAACAGAAGCAACAGCAUCAGCAAAAACAGCGACAACCAGCUGGUGGAAAACGUGGCGAAAGUUUGUUGAAAGGAAACAACACAGAUAAUAGGCGCAAUGAAGGGGAACAGUCCCAAUCGUCGGCGCAGAGAUCUCAGAACAGAAGUUUACUCAAUUCGCCAUCGACUGCUACCGUUACAACGGCAGCGAAGGCUGGUGGAAGUGGAUUGAAAUCUUCCGUCGCUUCUUCUGCCGAUGUUCCGACAAUGAUUAUGACAAGAGGUGGCAAAAAAUUGGCCAUGGCCAAGAAACAGUCAGUAGCGACCAAUGAACCUCAGCAGCAGCAGGAAGAUGUAUCUUCGGCCGGACCGUCAGGAUUUAAUGUUGGUGGUGGACAAGGCGCCAGAGAUCAACCAACGGAGAAUAGCAGUAGUGUCAAUUCGUCAUCCCCACCCAUUGGUACGGAUGGGCUAUCGUUUUCUACGAAUGGUGGUUACAUUGCCGCAACAGACCUGGUGCCGGGUGAUAUAUUUGAUGAUAGCAACGAUCAGGGCUCCACGAUUGUAAAGAAUGAAGGUAGUAACCCUUCGCCGAUGCUUAGCAGUGGAUUCAACUUUAUCGACGGAGGCUACUAUAAUCCAAACGUGGACAUCAACCAAAUGAAGGCUGGUCGACAGCAACAACAGCAGCAGCAGGUGCAGGCGCCGCAGAACAACCAGCAACCACAACAGGCUUCACCAUCUGUUAGCCAAAUGCUCCACGGUGAAGAUGAAGAGUUCGAGGAGAAUUCGCUCGAUUCGUCCUUGCUGCUCAACCGGUCCGCUGGAAACGAAACCGAACAACAGCAGCAGCAAUUAUCCAAGUUUGUCAGCAAUGAUCUAGACGUGUCCCGUCUGAACACGGUGGCCGAGUAUGGACAACACUUCGAUACCGUGCAGACCGAUCUGGAAUCACUGAAGGAGCUGCUCAAGGGCGAAGGUUAUCAACUCGAUGCGAACGCGCUGCUCGGGCAGAACGCUUGCUCUACCGCACCUCCGUUCGGACGCGUGUACUUCCCGUCGAGCACGUUCGAUCUGGAUACCAUCAAUAAGGUUAGGACCGAUCUUUUCAACAACAACGAAGACAUGCUGGGAUACGAUUUUCCGAUGAACCUUCCGGAUAUGAUGAACGAUGAUCAGCAGCUGCUGCAGCAUCAACAGCAGCAGCAAGGUCAAUCACUGGCACAGCAGCAACAGCAGCAGACCGGCAACAACAACAACAGCCCUGCUGCCGGCAACAACAAGUCUGCCACAUCCGGUAGUCCGACACCUGGAAUGUCUGUUGCGAUGCAAAGAUAUGGUUGAUAAAAGUUGAUAAAAGAAAGCUAAUGGAAAUUGAGAAAUGAUAUUAAAGAUAGGAGGAUUAUGGGCAGGAACGGAUUUGGCGAAGCAAAAGCGAGCUCCAAAGCUAUAAAUGAGAGAGCAGCAGCAGCAGCAUCAUGCAUAACAUGGUUGCCGUGUGCGUGUGCCAAAAACGAUCGUCACUAACCGUGUGAGGAAAUCAUAAAAAAAAAACAUACGAGCAUAAUGGUGAUAAUGGUCUACAACAGGCAAAACAGAAUGCAAAAUGUAUUGAUGAUGGACGAGCGUUGUGUGUGUGGUGUAGUCGUUAUUAUCGCCAAUCACUUGAGGAGAUCACGUCUUUUGGUGCGCGCACUGUGUCAACGGAAAUGGGCCUUCGGUUUCGGUUCCGUACUUCUGGUUUCUGGUGCUCUUCUGGGUCGUUGUCAUUGUUGUUCCGAUUCUGAUCUUGAUGGUUGAUGGCCAAACAAAACAAAACAAAAAAGGACAUACCGAUGUUUGAUCCUCGAUGCUGUUGGCGGGCGCUGCAGAGAAUGCUGUGUUUGUGUGGCUGAGACAGAGAGAGAGAAAGCUUUGUGGCUGCCGUCGUUUGUCUAUUUUGGGCUAUUCACACUGAGCGUGCGUGCGUGCGUGUAAUUAAAACAUGGGAGAUAGAGGGAGAGAGAGAGAGAGACCGAGUAGUAGAGAGGUUGAUCGUUGUUGGAGAUGAAUGACACGAGAGUCACUGGGGGCGUUUGUGGAUAAAAAAAAGAACAUGUUCUUCACCCACAUGAGCAACAAGGUACUGUUGUUAUGCUUCUUCCAUUCAACUAUUCCAACAAUUGAUGGGGUCGGGCGAUCGAUUCUCGUAUAUAUUAUACUCAUAUACAUAUAUAUAUCUACACAUGUUUAUUUUAUUUAGUCAAAAUUCUGUACACAUCUGUUCACCUUCACCAUAUUGUCCUUCCCCUACACACUCCUCACCCGUCACCUCUUCAUAAACCAUCCCUCACCGUCUUACUUAUCGGCCAUCCAGGCACCAACCCCAAUCCCCUAGCGCUUACUUCACUACUCUUGUUUCCUUUUGUUUUCCUCCAAUUUCUAUAUCCACCAGUCUUCGGGGUGUAGGCAAACUUGCAACAACAAAAAAACCCAAAGAAAAUAAAAACGUGUAGAUGUUUAGUUUCCAAGGUUAGAAAGGAAAUGCGCCAAUUCGGAUGUACAGUGUGGGACCAAACCAAGUGCAACUCGCUAAACUUUAAU